CAUGUCCCGCCUCCUCUCCCCAGCAGUGACUCUCUCUCUCUCUAACACACACACACACGCACGAACGCGCAAACACACGCACACUCUGCCCUAUCCUCUACACUCGGCCCGAGGAUAACUUCUUUCUUUUCCCCUGCACGGCCCCUCGUCACCUCACCUGGAAGACAGGAGCAGGGCUACUUCACUUCACCUCCAUCUUCAACUUCAACUUCUACGCAGAGCCAUGUUACUACCUUCGCCUCUACUCCUCCUCCUGCUGGGCCUCCUCUCAUGGAGUCCCUGUGCAUCGUGCGCUAAAGUGAUCGUGGUCCCGCCCAUCAUGUUUGAAUCUCACCUCUACAUCUUCAAGACUCUGGCCACGGCUCUGCAGCAGGAAGGCCAUGAGAGCCAUUUCCUACUUUCCGAAGGCCGCGAGGUUCCCCCAUCUCCUCACUACCACUUACAGCGCUAUCCAGGGAUCUUUAACAGCAGCACGGCUGACAGUUUCCUCCAGUCCAAGGUCACUAACAUCUUCUCAGGCCGUCUGACGUUUCUGGAGCUGUUUGACAUUCUUGACCACUACUCUCAGAACUGUGAUGCUGUAGUUGGCAAUGCUGAGGUGAUGAAGCGGCUCAAGGAGGCCAAGUUUGACCUGCUGCUGGUGGACCCUAAUGAGAUGUGUGGUUUUGUGAUUGCUCAUAUCCUGGGCGUGCAGUAUGCUGUGUUCAGCACAGGUCUGUGGUACCCCGCUGAGGUCGGGGCCCCAGCCCCUCUAUCGUACGUACCUGAAUUCAACUCGCUGCUGACCGACCGCAUGUCUCUGCUGCAGAGGAUCUCAAACACAGCCGUUUACCUGGUGCAGCGCUUUGGAGUCCAUUAUAUUGCAUUACCCAAGUAUGACCGGAUAAUGAAGAAGCAUGGGGUGACGCCUCAAGUAGCCAUGGCGGACUUGGUGCAGGGCAGCCAGCUGUGGAUGCUGUGCACUGAUAUGGCGCUGGAAUUCCCCAGGCCCACCCUGCCACAUGUGGUGUACAUAGGAGGCAUCCUCACCCAGCCCCCCAACCCACUGCCACAGGAUUUCGAGGCGUGGGUCAAUGACACAGCGGAGCAUGGCUUUGUGGUCGUGUCGUUUGGAGCUGGAGUCAAGUACCUAUCCCAUGACAUCGCUCACAAACUGGCAGGAGCUCUCGCCAGGCUGCCCCAGCGUGUCGUCUGGAGAUUCUCUGGAGUUCCACCCAGUAACCUUGGCAACAACACCAAGCUUGUGGACUGGAUGCCUCAGAACGACUUAUUGGGCCACGCCAACACAAGGGCCUUCCUGAGCCACGGCGGCCUGAACAGCAUCUACGAGGCCAUGUACCAUGGUGUGCCGGUGGUGGGUGUGCCCCUGUUCGGAGACCACUACGACACCAUGACUCGUGUGGCAGCCAAAGGUAUGGGUGUCAUGCUACACUGGAAGUACAUGACCGAGGAAGACCUCUAUACAGCCUUGAACAGCGUCAUCAAAGAAACCAGGUACCGCCAGCAAGCGCGUCUUCUCUCCAACAUUCACAAAGACCAGCCGGGCCACCCCGUGACCAGAGCAGCCUACUGGAUCAGCUACCUCAUCCGUCACAACGGUGCCAGCCACCUGCGCUCCGCCGUGUACGAGGUGUCCCCCUACCAGUACUUCCUGCUGGACGUGAUAGUCACCGUAGCAGCUGCCUUGGCUCUGAGCAUCUACGCCCUCAAAAAGGUGGCACGGUUGCUGAGAGGGAAAGUGGAGGACCAGGGCAGAGGAGCAGGUAACACCAGGGAUGAUGCUAACAUGGCCAACGGACAUUGCCAUAAGGAGAGCCUGGCCAACGGGAAACACAAACGCAAUGGCUCCUUGAAAACCGAGAAGAAGAUGAAUUAACGUUUGGAGUGGCCAAGAGGGACGAGGAAGAAGUUGCCCUCAGGACUCAGCUCUAGGUUUGGUUUAGUGAUUUUGUACAAGCUUGAAAAGAAAGCUGUUCUUAGGUCUGCGUCAAGAGGCAACUGCUACUCCGAGCGAGAGGGUGUUGGAGAAUGCACAACGCAAUGUGUGUGGGGACAGAACAAGGCAUUGGGUGCUCAGAAUCUGUGUGUGUGUGUCUGUGUGUGUGUGUGUGUGUGUGUGUAGGUGUAUUUGUACGUGUGCACUGAGGCGAACUUAACAAGAACUCAUAACAACAGCAGCUAGCGCAACGCAAAACCAAAUUGGAAAGUCAAUGAGGAUGAAGCACAGGAAAGACACAUCGGAGGACGUUGUUUCUACAUGUGUGUGUCUACUCUCCUGCUUGUUCUCUGUCGUCUUCCUGCCUGAAGGGGGGUAAAAACCUGAGCGCCAACCCCUCACCCUCAGAACAAAAGCACGAAAUAUUUAGGAUUGAAUGUUUUUAACUGGACAAACUCUGCUUCAAAGUGUGUAAAUACAGGAUAAAUCUAUUUAUUACUGUAAAGAUUUGCUUUUUAAAUGUGGACCUUUCUUCUUUUAAGUUAUUACAUGUGUUAGUGGUUUGAUAGCAUGGUUGUAGACACUCCCUCUGCUAAGCCAAUAUAAACACAACACUGUGUCCCUCAUAUUAGAGAAACAUACCGGGUAUAAAGCAGCAGUUGUGUAACGCCUGGGCCACACUGGGUGUGUGUGCAGCACAUGGCGGCUGUGUCGCUGAUCUGUUGUUCACACAGGUAGUAUGACUGCUGCAUGCCUUCUGCGGAGCUGCUACGCGUUUAGGUACCUUCUGAUUCUUUUACUUUGAAACGGGUACAGGAAGUGUUGCAAAUAUUUAUAUAUUUGUGAUAUAUUCGUCAGAUAGACAUUUUAAAUGUGGUGAAAGAUUGUUUUUAUGUCUAAUUUGCUUUGAACCGUGGUUGGUACGCAGAGAAAAUAGGCCCCAACUUUUGAGAAGAGCGGCUCACACGCAGGAGAUUUGUGUCUGAGACGCGCCGCUGUCGUAUCCAGUGUGGCCCGGGUGUUAGGAUGCAUCAUACACCUGCACUGUCGGCAGCUGCAACCAUCCACAGUAUCACCGCGACUUUGUUUUCCUUUUUAAAACCAAUCAGGUGAAUAUAUUUGUCGAGUUUCCCUUUUCACAUGAUAGUGCCAACAUGGGACUGUUUGUUCUGGUGGAGAGUAGCUCCACUGAUCUCUGUUUGGCUUAUCAGUGUGAAAAGGGCCAUCGUGUUAUUUUCAAAAAUAUAUAAUAAUAAUGACAAUAACUCCUGCUGAUACUGUGGAUGGGCAGGGCUCAGCUGCUCAGGUGAUCAGGGCUGAGUCAGAAAAUCAUUGAUUUUUUAUCACUGGCCUCGUCAGUUCUUCGCCUUAAUUCUUCCCCCCUUUAUCUAUUUAUUGAUAAGUGAACAUUCAUCACUUGAUUGCCUUUUUUAGUGCGACACUUGACUUUGUACAUCAAACUUCUGUGAUCAUUUGUCUUGAGUGCUAGUUUUAAACGACACUGUUCACUCAGCUCUUCUCUCCUGUAAGGUAAAGUUCGAUAUAUCUCAUUCAGGUUCAUGUGCAAACUAGAUAUAUAGUCCAAUUUAGCUUAUGAAUAAUUAUAUUAACUUUGAGUGCGAAUGAUUCACAUUCUGUAUGUGGCCUUUUAUAAUGCAGAUGUUUGUGUAUGCAGUAUGCUUGAAUUCCAAUAUGUUUGUUUGUUUUUUCAAUGCUCGUGCUUUCCGAUCACUGUACAGCUUUAGCCAGAGUAUUGGUGUAAGCAGAAGAAGUAUGUUUUAUCCCACUGAGAGUCAUGUUAAAAUAAUUACUGGCAUUUUACGCUUUCUCUGAAUUCAAUUCAUCAUGCAACAGAUCCACUUGUAUGUCCAUGAUAAGGAUUCUUUGUUAUUUUCUUUCAAUAAGACUGAACUGGCACACAUCUUUACGUGUAAGCUCACUACACAUAUGUUUUACUCUUGUUUCCUGGCCAGUUUGAAGGAACCGUAUCUAUUCAUUCCAAAUGCAGAUGGUGGAAGUGUGUAAGAGAAAAGAUCAUCCAUGCUGCGAAAUUUUCUUGAACCAGGGAGAUCAACUUACAGGGAAAACUAGAAGGGAAUCUGGAGUGUGUGGAGAUUCAGGUAUCGUGGUUAUAAUUACAUUUCAAAUAGAGCAGGGGCUCAUGUACAUUCAUGCAUCCAUCCAUCUGCUCUACCACUUACACUUAAAGGGUCCUCCUUUAGUUUUUACUUGCAAAAAACCCUAUUCACCCACUUAAUAUCACCUCAGGUGUAUACAAUGAGAGCGAUGUAAAUUUGGAGGUAUCAGAGGAGAUCGAGUUAACCUGUCGAAGUUGAUGAACAUAACAAUGUCCAAAGUUUUCACAAAUCCUGUAUGAUAUUUGAGAAAAGCUUCGUUAUCCUCCUUUUCCUGUGAGCUACUCUAACACCUGCACAGCCCAACCCCCAACUGGCUUAAACAGAGACUUUUAUACUUGAAUCAUCAUCUUUCGUCAUCGUCGUCAAUUUAUAAGCUGUUUGGUAUUUGGGGGUGUGCCGGUGUUUCACAAGCUAUGACCAGGGUUAGGAGAGAAAAUAAAAAAAAGAGUUGUGAAUAUAUAUAUAUAUAUUUUUUAAUUGUUUCAGUAUUAAUGUUGCUAUAGCCCUCCUAGUUAAAUGCUUUCCGUCCUUUAAUUCCCUUUUAUGUCUCUGUGGCCACUCUGCAGUCUGACAUGUCUGUGUUUCAGCUUGAACACGUUCUUUGUUGUCCGUCUUCAAAUGUCCACUCGUCUGUUCCAUUUGUCCACCUCUGUUUUGUUGCCCUCAACUUCCUGGUGUUGGCUGUUGUCUUUCUCGUCUGGUCUUUGACUUCUUCCACCCCCUAUUCGAUAUCUCUGCUAGUUAUGUUUUUAGUUCGUUUAACUUUUAUUUGAAAAAUACAUUAAGUCCUCCAUUUUUCUUGCAUGUGUGUCCAUGUUGUACAUAGAACAAUGUAAACAAAAUACUAAUGCUGAAUAAAAAUGACAUAUUUUGUUUGCAUGAA